CAUCCGGUUGCCUUGGUGCUGACGUUACGACCAAAUUUGCGAUAAAGCAGCACUGGGAUAACAACUUUGAGGGCUCCUUCUGCUUCCACCUGACAUCUAAUUUAGUUGGAUAUGAAAUCUUUAUCUCUUUUGAUAGCGGUGUAAAAGAACUCCAGCAAUGGGAGGCUGACUGGGUUGGAUCACAUCCACCCUGUGCUACGAAAUACACCAUGGUGAACAAAGAAUCUAAAGGAGUUCACAGCAAAGGCGAAGAUCUUUGCAUCAGGUUCAUGGGUAAAAUGUGUACUGGUGCUACUCCUUCUGGUUCAGCUACCUUAAAAGAUCUGACAGACGAUCAUCAGAAAGUUCCAGAUGUGCCUCAUGUCAAUGGUGCGCAAUCGACUAAAUACAACUAUGGCGAAGUUUUAGAGAAAUCUAUACUAUUUUAUGAGGCACAAAGAUCUGGUAAACUUCCUAAAAAUAAUAGAAUACCAUGGAGAGCUGAUUCAGCUCUGAGUGAUAAGGGAGAUGCUGGAGAAGAUUUGACUGGUGGUUGGUACGAUGCUGGAGAUAAUGUAAAGUUUAAUUUUCCUAUGGCUUGGAGUACAACCGUUUUGACCUGGGGUUUGAUCCAAUGGAAAGAUGCCUAUCAGAAAUCAGGACAAUUGGACUACAUGUAUGAUUCUAUCAGAUGGCCCAUGGACUAUCUUAUGAAAUGUCACAGCAAAACCAACGAACUAUACGUUCAAGUAGGUGACGGCGGUACUGAUCACGGUUCAUGGACUAGCCCUGAACGUAUGACCGGAAACAGGCCAGCUUUCAAAAUCACCACUUCUCAAGGAGGAGCUGACGUUGGGUUGGAAACUGCUGCUGCCUUGGCUGCAGGGUCAAUAGCUUUCAAAACAAAAGAUGCAGCCUAUUCCCAUAAAUUAUUAGCUCAGGCCAAAUCGAUUUAUAAUUUUGCCAGAAAGACGAAAGAUCGUUACAGUGACACUGUCAAUGCAGCUGCUGCUUAUUAUAAAUCUAACAACAUAACAGAUGAACUAGGUUGGGGGGCUUUAUGGAUGUAUAAAGCUACCGGGGAUAAAUCUUAUAUUGCUGAAGCUGAGAAACACCACGAACCUGGUGCAGCUUGGGGAUUCUCCUGGGAUGAGAAAACAGCAGGAGUCAAUAUGUUAUUAUAUGAAGUCACAAAGAAGGAUAUAUAUAAACAAGAUAUAAUAGCUACUAUGAAAUCCUGGAUGCCUGGUGGAGAUCUGCCAUAUACACCCAAAUGCUUGGCCUUUAGAUUAGUUUGGGGAGCUUUAAGAUAUGCAUCCAAUACUGCUUUAAUUGCUCUGAUGGCUGCUGAUCAAGGAAUCAAUCCAGAGCCGUACAGAAAAUGGGCGAUGAGUCAGAUUAACUAUGCCCUCGGUGAUACCGGUAGAAGUUAUGUUGUUGGUUUUGGUAAAAAUUCACCACAACGACCACAUCACAGAGCAAGCUCAUGUCCCUUGUUACCAGCCCCUUGUGGUUGGGGAGCCCAACAGAAUCCGGGACCAAAUCCCCAUACACUUUACGGUGCUUUAGUUGGAGGACCUGGUUCAUCUGAUAAUUAUGCUGAUGAUCGAAAAGAUUAUACCAAGAAUGAAGUAGCUUGUGAUUAUAAUGCUGGCUUCCAGAGUACUGUUGCAGGUCUACUUCACCUGUCUAUAAAGCAUCAACUACCAUCAGAAUACAAGAGCAUUUGCAGUCAUAGCGGUUAAACUCUGAAAUAAAACGUC